AUGGAUCCUGAAUUUAAGAAUCGUCUUGAAAAGAAACGCCGUAAAGUCCAAGAUACCUUUGAAUUUGAAGGAUGUAAAGUUGGACGGGGUACUUAUGGCCAUGUUUAUAAGGCCAAGAUGAAAAGCAGUGGCAAGGAAUAUGCCUUGAAAUUAAUCGAAGGAAGUGGUAUUUCCAUGUCGGCCUGCCGUGAAAUUGCUUUAUUGCGAGAAGUCCAUCAUCCCAACGUCAUCUCAUUACAAGGAGUAUUUCUAACUCAUACCAAUCGAAAAGUUUGGUUACUAUUCGAUUUUGCCGAGCAUGAUUUAUGGCACAUCAUCAAAUAUCAUCGAUCGAAAGCAGGUGAUAAAGCAAUCUCUCUCGAUUCCAAAAUGGUCAAAUCUUUACUAAAGCAGAUUUUAGAAGGGAUACACUAUUUACAUGCCAAUUGGAUUUUACAUCGUGAUUUGAAACCGGCCAAUAUUCUCGUCAUGGGCGAAGGACCAGAAAGAGGAAGAGUCAAAAUUGCCGACAUGGGAUUUGCAAGACAUUACUGGUCGCCUUUGAAACCCCUUGCCGAGCUAGAUCCAGUCGUAGUGACAUCUUGGUAUCGAGCUCCUGAAUUACUCCUGGGUGCAAGGCAUUAUACUAAAGCAAUCGACAUUUGGGCUAUAGGCUGUAUUUUUGCUGAAUUGCUUACUUCAGAGCCGAUUUUUCAUUGUCGACAAGAGGAUUUUAAAACGAGCAACCCUUAUCAUCGCGAUCAAUUGGAAAGAAUCUUUAUGGUCAUGGGAUAUCCGCAUGAAAAGGAUUGGGAAGAUAUAAAAAAGACACCAAACUAUGCUAAAUUAGCGUCUGACUUUAGAAAAAUUUCGACGUACACAAAUUGUAGUUUGGCAAAAUACAUGGAUAAAUUUAAGAUUAAGCAAGACAGUAAAGAAUUUAUACUGCUUCAAAAAUGCCUAACAAUUGAUCCAAAUAAGAGAAUAUCGUCUGAACAAGCCAUUGAUGAUGCAUACUUUCGCGAAGAACCACUACCAACGGAAGACGUAUUUGAUCACAAAACAAUUCCAUAUCCGAAAAGAGAAUUCCUAAAUGAGGAUGACAAUGAAGACAAGGGUGAUAAGCAUAAGGUAUAUUGCGAUGGCGUAGAUUAUAUAUAUUAA